AUGUCUACAAAUACCAUUAAAUUAUUAGCAGGGAAUUCACAUCCCGGGUUGGCUGAGCUUAUUUCUCAAAGGCUGGGUGUGCCAUUAUCUAAGGUGGGAGUAUAUCAAUAUUCAAAUAAAGAAACGUCGGUUACUAUAGGGGAAAGUAUUCGUGAUGAAGACAUAUACAUCAUUCAAACGGGAUAUGGAGAACAUGAAAUCAACGACUUCUUGAUGGAGUUACUUAUCCUAGUUCACGCCUGUAAAACGGCAUCUGUCAGACGAAUUACCGCGGUCAUACCGAACUUUCCCUACGCUAGACAAGAUAAAAAGGAUAAAUCCCGGGCUCCUAUCACUGCAAAGUUGAUCGCCAAUCUUUUGGAGACUGCGGGUUGCGAUCAUGUCAUUACCAUGGAUCUCCACGCCUCUCAAAUUCAGGGGUUUUUCCAUAUACCCGUUGAUAAUCUAUAUGGUGAGCCAAGUGUAUUGAAUUAUAUAAGAACGAAAACGGAUUUCAACAAUGCGAUACUAGUAUCGCCUGAUGCCGGUGGUGCUAAAAGAGUAGCCUCCCUAGCGGACAAACUGGACAUGAAUUUUGCUUUGAUUCAUAAGGAAAGACAAAAGGCCAACGAAAUUUCACGAAUGCUGCUUGUCGGCGAUGUUGCUGCCAAGUCAUGUUUAUUAGUCGAUGACAUGGCUGACACGUGUGGCACCUUAGUAAAAGCUUGUGAUACAUUAAUGGAUCAUGGAGCUAAAGAGGUGAUUGCCAUCGUUACACAUGGUAUAUUUUCUGGCUCGGCAAGGGAAAAGUUACUUAAUAGCAGAUUAUCAAGGAUUGUCUGCACCAAUACAGUGCCUGUUGACUUAGAUUUGGACAUCGUCGACCAAGUCGAUAUCAGUCCUACAAUUGCAGAAGCCAUUAGAAGAUUGCAUAAUGGGGAAUCAGUCUCUUAUUUAUUUACACAUGCACCUAUUUAG